AUGAAUCCUAAAAGCCCCGAAGCACGUAGCCGAGAUGAAAAGCCAUUUGAAGGAAUGCUAAUUUCCAAUUCAGAAUUUUUAUAUGAUUUGGAUGGCAGGAGUACAUGCCCUCGCUGUAGUAAAUCUCGGAUGUAUUUCUGCUAUACAUGCUACAUUCCGGUACCCCCCAUUCAGGAAAAAAUCCCACAAUGUAAGCUGCCUAUUAAAGUUGAUAUUAUUAAGCACCAACGAGAAAUCGAUGGGAAAAGUACAUCAGCACAUGCAGCAGUUUUAGCACCGUAUGAUGUUAGUGUUUACACAUAUCCAAAUGUACCAGAGUAUGCUCUAGAUGGCAGAACAGUAUUAUUAUUCCCAGGAGUGUCAGCUAGGACUGUUAAAGAAUUAUUUACUGGACAAAAAGAUGGCCCAAGUUAUUCUGAUCUUUUAUUAGCUGAAUUACCUUCUGGGUACAAUGUUUGUACAAUGAUGACAAAAAUAUUUAAUUCUGAUGAUAUUGAUGAAAUUCAUCAUGUCCAGAAAUUACCUAUAGAUAGAGUAGUACUAAUUGACAGCACUUGGAAUCAAAGUAAAGGUAUUUACGCAGAUGAACGAAUAAGAAAGAUACCCACAAUCGUGUUACAGCAUAGAGCUUCACAAUUUUGGCGUCAUCAACGCGGAAGUCCUAGAUGGUACCUUUCAACUAUAGAAGCUUUACAUCAGCUUCUACUCGAGUUACAUAUAUGUGCAUGGGGAAGAAGUGAACACUACGAGUCAACACUGACAAUCAAUUCUCCCAUACAUAAAGUAGAAGAGGACCAUGUGCAGUGUCAACCUUACUCAGGGCAAUAUGACAACUUACUAUUUUUCUUCAAAUUUAUGUAUGAAAAAUUACAUAGUCUUUAUAAGCAUGAUGAUUUAUUAGCAUAUAAGAGGCCAAUGACAUAG